AUGGCCUGCACUAUGGAAGCAGUGGCAAAGAAGAUCUUUAAAGGAGUUUUAGUAGUUGAACUCUUGGGCGUUUUUGGAGCAUAUUUUUUGUUUAAUAAGAUGAACACAAGCCAAGAUUUCUGGCAAACAAUGAGCAAGAAAUUUCCCUUCAUCUUGGAAAUUUAUUACAAAUCCAUUGAACAGUCUGGAAUGUAUGGAGUCAGAGAGCAAGAUCAAGAAAAAUGGUUGAAUAGCAAAAAUUAGGACCAGUCAUCGCGUUCAGCCUCCCAUCUAAGCUGUUUGAGACCUUUGUGGGGGAGAAGAAAGAUGAGCACACCACU